UGCAUUCAGUUACGACAAAGUUCUCGCAUGAACCAGACACAAGUACGCGCGCGCCCGAACUGCCAGAACGGCCCCAGAGUGUUGUUGCUGUUGGCCAGAAGAACACUCCUGCUGACCGCCGACACCGCACUCAGAACGCGCGAGACAUAGCCAGGAGCCAUGAGGGGGUGUGGUGUGGUGUAAUGCAAGUUACAGCCGUUGUAGUACCGUCUCAUCUUCACUGUCAUCUUCUAGCAACUGUUACUCUCUCUCUAUAGUUCUGUUGUGAGCCGUUGCCGUCACCGGCAAACGACGUUGAUGUUACUCGCAAGAUCUGCUGUGUGUUCUAGUAUAUCUCUAGUAGUUGUACCCCCCUCGUAACAGAAGAAACCGAUGUCUUCGUCAUAGCUGUUGUACAGAGCGAUUUAGAGUGUAGAUUCCGUGUGAGUGUUUCGGAUUGUACGGUGUUAGUGCGUUAAGGUCAACUAGAAAGUGCUUGGCUUUGCUUAGUUCCAGCUGGCGGUAAUGGAACCACUAUCGCGGAGAUAGUGCAGCUGAGUACUGUGCUGUCGUCGUCGUCAUCGUCGCAGUGGGUAUCAAGUGCUGGGCCAAGAAUCGCUUAGCUAGAAAUGUAGUUCGGUUCUAGAAGUGGCACAGCAGUGUUUGUGCGACAGCGCGUAGUGAAACGCGAGCACGCGAUCGAGUAAAGUAAUAAUUAAUUUCGAAAAAGUACAGAAAGUAAGAGUGUGCAAGGUUGUCGCAGUGGUUCGAUGUGUGUUGACGAUCGAUCGACGAUUGUUCGCCGGCUGGAUCGAUCGUGAGUGUGUUGUUCAGAGUGAGAGCGAGAGCCGAGGAAGUCACGUGAAGCGCUGAUCGAGCGGUAGAUCUGCCAAGUCUGCAGAUCUAGAUCAAACGGGCUAGCAUCUGUCGCUAGAGCUUCCGUCCGAGCCGGGGAUCAUCGAGCGAUGCUGAGCCAGCAGAAGCAGCUGAAGCUGUGAACACUCGGUGCAGAGGCGUUCGCGAGAUGUAAAUACGGCAUAAAUUCGAGAGUUCCCACGAUCGUUUGGAAGAGCCGAGCCAGAGAGAGUGUGCGCUCCGGAAACAAACAAACAAUAAUACAGCGGCAGAGUGAAGUGUGUUUAGAAGUGCCGGCAAGAUUUAGUAGUCGUUUAGCCGAGUUCUCCAGGUGUUCUUUAAUUGGUGUAGCAUAAAUAUAAGUAGAAAGUAUCGAUCAGCUGAAUCAGUGUGGUAGUGUAGCGGUGCUUUAGCUGUUCCUGGCGCGGUUUCUUCAACUGAGUAGCCAAAGAAGAAGUAGCGUUCCGAGCUGAUCCGUAGUCAAGUGCUUAGUAUCUCCAGUGUAACGAGCCGACACCGCCGUAAAGAAGAGGAAGAAGAAGCAUUGCGGCGAGUUCUGGGCCCGUUUCAAGAGUUGUUGAUGGCUUCCAGCCGUAUUGCUGCUACGCGGUGAUUGCUGUGCUGCUGCUUGCGGAUUAAGUGGUGACCCUGGAGCAGGAGCAGGUUGCGACUUCGGAGGACGCAGCGAUUCGCUCAACGCAGCGGAUAAGGAGACAGAAGUGUCGCUGCUUCGGGCAGGCGGCCAAGUCUGCGGUCUGGCGCUAUUAGCAUAUUAAAAGUGCGUGCAAACUAUCCGACAAAAAUAGGGCCGACCGGCUUGCCCGUCCACGAAUGUCGCUGCUGGGGAAGCCGCUCAACUAUAACCGGGGGUCACGGCGUGAUGCCCGUUAUAGGCGGCUGCAGAGCAGGGUCUACAACUUUCUGGAGCGGCCACGGGGCUUCAGAGCGAUUUUCUACCAUGUCUGUGUAUUCUUCAUGGUGUUCACAUGUUUGGCCUUAAGUGUCUUCUCAACUAUUCAGGAAUACGAGGAACAAGCAAUCGCCAUCUUAUUCGUCAUGGAAAUUAUCGUAGUUAUAUGGUUUUCGAUCGAGUUCUUCCUACGACUGUGGUCAUCGGGAUGCCGCUCGCGAUAUCAAGGAGCCAUGGGAAGGCUGAAAUUUUUAAAAAGGCCUUUUUGUAUUAUAGAUAUAGUUACGAUAAUUGCGUCGAUAGUGGUGCUAGUGAUGGGCACGUCCGGCCAGGUCUUUGCGACCAGUGCAUUGCGUGGCCUGCGGUUCUUCCAGAUCCUGCGGAUGGUGCGGAUGGACCGGCGCGGCGGCACGUGGAAGCUGCUCGGGAGCGUCGUUUAUGCUCACAGACAAGAAUUAAUUACAACGUUGUACAUAGGAUUCUUGGGCCUUAUUUUUGCCUCGUUUUUAGUGUAUUUGAUGGAGAAGGAUGUGGAUAAAACCAAAUUCAACAACUUUGCUCAAGCCUUGUGGUGGGGUGUGAUAACGCUCUGCACGGUCGGAUACGGCGAUAUGGUGCCGGAAACGUGGCAGGGGAAAAUUAUUGCAUCGUUUUGCGCCUUACUCGGAAUCUCGUUCUUCGCCCUGCCGGCGGGCAUCCUCGGCAGUGGCUUUGCCUUGAAAGUACAACAGCAACAGCGGCAAAAGCACAUGAUCCGGCGCCGCCAGCCAGCUGCCACGCUGAUCCAAUCGCUCUGGAGAUGCUACGCAGCGGACGAACACUCGCUGUCGGAAGCGACGUGGAAAAUUCACCAAGUACCUCUUCCCAGCCCGCCACCAUCCUUUCGUGGUCAAAAAAUAUACCUCCUGGCCAAACGAUGUCCAAGUGCCACGGAAAGAUCCAAACUGGAAGCUGCCGAAAAACUGGCCGCCGCUUCCAGCGCCGCGCGGGCGUCGUCGAGCUUCAAGCACAACGCCUCGUUCGUGGCCCGGCUGCCCACGAUCCGACGCCACAAGAGCCAAUCGCUGCACUCGCCGGGCAACGCGAAGCCCCCGAGCGGAAGUGGCCGGUCCGGGCGGUGCCCCCGCGUCACGGACAUCAACGCGUCCUCGGAGAAUCUGGAAGUGACCAACAACGGUAGACCGAUGAAUCCCAGUCUCAGUGAAGACUCGGUCGCGGAAACAGCACUGUCCAAGAAAAAUUCCGAUGCGGAUCUUGAGAUGGCGUCGAUGUCGUCGAUUCCCGGCACGGCCGUGGUGGCCAAUGUCACCGUCAACGACUUGGUCCCGGGUCGGGGCUUCUUGUCCACGGCCAGCCUCUGCCACACGGCCUCACGCCGGUCCAGUUUCGUCAGUGGAAUUUUCUCCGGGUCCGGGACGCAGCGCCGUGGCAGCUCGAACGAAAACAACGGGUCACACCCCGGCGGGGACCGUAACAACGAGGAUGAGGAACCGAGAUGUGUGCAGCUAACGAACCAACACAAGGGGGCCAUCCGUUUCAUCCGAAAGAUGAAGUACUUUGUAGCGCGACGCAAGUUCAAAGAGGCGUUGAAGCCGUACGACGUGAAAGACGUCAUGGAGCAGUACGCAGCCGGACACGUCGAUCUGCUCGGCCGAGUGAAGAAUGUUCAAACUAGGUUAGACCAAAUUCUUGGCAAACAAGGAUCCAAAUCAAAAGAUGUGUAUGCAUCGAAAAUUAGUUUAGCUUCUCGGGUAGUGAAAAUUGAAAGACAAGUUGACGACAUAGAGACAAAGGUAGACACGUUUAUAGAGUUAUACAUGCAGGAUCGGAAGCGCCUUUUAUCACUUCCACUCCAUCCUGACUCAUCACAUUCCAACAAUCCAAACCUUCCAUCGUUGCCACCGAAAGGGGGCGGAGCAGCGGCUGUAAUCACAUCUGUGACAAGUAGUUCUAGUGGUUCGUUAAAACCAAAACCUAUUUUAAUAGAUAAACAAUUUUCGGAACCAAAUUCACCGAUCGCGAAAACAUUCGAGGAGCCAGUCCAGCACCAGAGACGUCCACCGAUGCAGCGCGGGUUCUCCGACCUGGGGCAUAGGAUCAAGAAGCGGGUUACGUUAAGCUCCAUACCGCCACAGUACGUGGGCAACAGCACCGGUUCGGCGAGUGACCGCGGUGACGUCGUGAUCGUCGUGCCCAACCUCGACGCGGACCAGCUGGACCACGCCGUCGGCAUCGAGGAGCUGGCCUCGGUCUGCAUCGACACCGAGAUCGAGAUCGAGCCGGGCAGCCCGAAAACCAUCACCGAAAGCUCAAUAAUCAUGAUGGACGAGGAAGACGACGAAGACGACGAGGAGGAGGACAUCGAGGAGGAAGAGCUGGACAUCAGCGGUGAGCUGCUCGAUCCGGACCCGUGGGACAUGUACGGCGAGCUGGACGUCGAGGACCAGGACGAAACGACGGAGAAUACCGCCCUGCUGCGGGCGGCCGCCAAAACCGAGAUCAUCGUGACGCCGAUCAGUCCGGUCAGCUCGGCCUUCGACCUCAGCCGGAUGGACAGCGGUGAGGAGUACCGCCGCCAGCCACGCCAGCUAACGAUGGUCACGACCACGACAAACGGCGCCACGACCAACAACAACGGCGACGGCGACGAUCGGCUGCAGCUGACCACCUCCGAUGCAGCAGCAGCCUCUACCUCCACCUCAACCGGAGUUCCCGUUCCGAUGGACUCGCUCAAGCCAGAGAUGCCCCUCCAGCAGCAACAGCAACAACAACAACAGCAGCACAAGCGAAUCGCUUCCGAAGACAUAUGAGAAUGGCUGAAACUGUCCCCCAUGGUCCCAUCAUUUAGUUGCCGCCACCGUUCCAGCUUCUUCCACGAGCACCUUCCCCCGAUCCUGGCCCGCUUUCGGACUCUGCUGGUGACCACGUGGUCACAGCGCUGCCACCAUGCCGGAUUCGUUUGCUGAGUUCAACCCGAGCCAAAUUCCUCCAUUGCUUCUAGGUUUUAAUCACAAAUCGACAAACACA